UAAAUACUGUACGGUACGGUACAAUAUUUUGCUUGCACUUCAAAAAAAUAAUUUCUAUUUGAGGCUUUGAGUUAGGAACGAGCUUUGACACUCACUUGGUCAUUACCACUCUACUUAUUUCAAUUCAUCGAGUAAAGACAAACGUAAAUUCWCGCGAUGUUUUCUAGAAUCGCACCUACCGCUGCUCGAUCCGUUGCCAGGCACUCGGCCCACUUCCGGGCUUCUGUUGCCGCAAGGGGAUUCACUACCGUUGGGGAGGUCACGACUGCCGCAGACGCUGCAAAGUUGAGUGGAUACAGCAACAUUACGUUCACAAUCAAUCAAGACGCAAUGGUUAUUGAUGCCGUACAGCAGUUUGCAGCAAACAACAUCGGUUGUCUAGUGGUUGUAGACAACGAUGGUAUGUAUCGUUCAGUUGCGGGAACUCCACUUUUAAUGACCGCAUUCGAUUGAUUUUAUCUGGCAAAAAAAAUCAAAAAAUCACGACGAUAACUUUUUUUGAGUUCCCUCUUUGUCGUCAACCGAGCUGGAUCUUCCAAAGAACGGGACCGCUUGAACUUUUGCUCAUGUUCCUGUAAAUAUCUAACGUUGCAAUUUUGUCGUUUUGACUUUUGUCGUACGAUAUUUUCGUCCAGGUGGGUUGGCUGGAGUAAUCAGUGAACGCGACUACAUUUCAAAGAUUGCCUUGCUCGGUCGAACCUCCAAGGAAACGAAGGUGAAGGAAAUUGCCACCAUGAGCAGUAAGCUUGUUACAGUAAAGGUGAGUCCUGCUUAGUAACGGAAGACACUAAUAAUUUAAAUGCCGCACCUGGCUAGAAGCAUUUGCCUCGCGUUUUGAAGAAUUGUUGUCCUGUUGUUUUGAUUUUGUCGAUUGUGUCUGACCCAACGAUGAUUGAUUCUUUUCUGUUUUUAUUGCAUGUUGCUUGCUGAUCAAUUUUUGGUGAUUGGUUCCAACACUUGCCCCAAUACUGGUUGUUAUUUUGGGAAAACGACAAUAAAAUGAAUGAAACURAAGCCCGAGGAAUCAGUCCAAAUUUGUAUGGAGAAAAUGUUGGCUUCCGACAUUCGUCACUUGCCCUUGGUAGAAGAAGGGAAACUGAUUGGAAUGGUUUCUAUUAAGGAUUUGGUGAAGACGACCAUCAAAGAAAAAGAAGAAGCCAUCAAGGUCCUCUCCGACUUUGCGCUCGGAAAGGGUGGGCAUUUUGGGUCAGAUUAAGAAAGUAUACUUUGUACUAAGUUUUCGUCCCAUUUGAAACGUUACCCACAUUUGAAACGUUACCCACAAUAUACGUAAGGAUAGCGUGUCGAAAAAGGGCUGGGCCCGUAUACAAUCUUAGAAAAUUGGUCGAGAUAAAAAUUAAAGUAUUUCAUCGAAC